UCUUUAAAUAUCGGGUCAGUUUGGAAAAUAAACUCCAGCAACUCAAGUUAAAAACAGUUUGUUCUUUUAACUUCCUUUAUUUACAGUCAGGACAACAAGGAUAAAGAAGAGAUGGACAUCAGUUCAUCGAACAUGAUCACACUUAAUCCAACAACCAACAGAAAAAGGUUGGACCAGAAGCAGGAGACAAUUUGCAUUUUUGGCACUGGGGACUUUGGCCGAUCUUUAGGUAUAAGGCUACUCAAGUCAGGUCACCAAGUGGUAUUUGGCAGUCGAAACCCACAGAAUUCCACCUUGCUGCCAAGUGGAGCUCAAGUCCUUACCCACGCCGAUGCCCUGAAAGAAUCCAAGAUCAUUUUCCUGGCGGUUCACAGGGAGAACUAUGAUUUCCUCCUGGCUCUGUCCAAUUUGCUUGAUGGAAAAGUGCUGGUGGAUGUGAGCAACAACCUCAAAAUGAAUCAAUACCCAGAGUCCAAUGCACAGUAUCUAUCUCAGCUGCUCCCCAAAGCUAUUGUGGUGAAGGGGUUUAACACAGUUUCUGCCUGGGCCCUCCAGUCAGGCAGUCUGGAUGCUAACAGUCAGGUUUUUAUCUGUGGUGAUGACAAUAAAUCCAAACAGCAGGUGGUGGAUAUUGCCAGGUGUUUAGGCCUCACUCCUUUAGACCAGGGAUCUCUCCUAGCAGCUGAAGAAGUCGAGAACUAUCCGCUACAGCUCUUUCCAAUGUGGAGAUACCCAUUUAUUAUAUCAGCUGGUCUCACUGUGUUCUUCUUCUUAUACUCUGUGCUGAUUAAAAUCAUCUAUCCUUAUGUACAAAAGAAUGAAAAUAAGUCCUAUCAGUUGAUGGUUUCCAUACCCAAUAAGAUUUUUCCAGCUGUCUCUCUCAUUCUGCUUGGGUUGGUUUACCUGCCAGGUGUGAUUGCUGCAUUCCUCCAGCUCUACCGAGGGACCAAAUAUAAGAGAUUCCCUAACUGGCUUGACAAGUGGAUGCUGUGUCGAAAACAACUUGGACUCAUGUCCUUUGCCUAUGGCUUCCUUCAUGUAUUCUAUUCAUUGAUCAUUCCACUUAGGUACUCAACUUAUUUGAAAAAUGCUCGAUAUAUUAUUGCACAGACGAAAAAGAACUCAACCACAGACAUAGCGAUGGUCUGGAUUUGGCGAAGUGAUGCGUUUUACGCAUCUGGAGUCUUGGGAUUUUCAGUCUUCUGUUUGCUCGGAAUAACCUCCCUUUCCUCUGUGAGCAACGCAAUGAACUGGAGAGAAUUCAGAUUUGUUCAGUCAAAACUCGGCCACGUCACAGUGUUGCUGUGCACAGUACACACUGCUUUACAGGGCUGGAAUAAAUUUUUAAAUCUCUCGCGUUAUAAAUGGGGUCUUCCGCCAAGUUACCUCCUGUCCAUGAUCAUCCCAUGCAUUGUGCUUGCUCUAAAGCUGAUCCUCAUAACGCCAUGUGUAGACAGAAUGGUCACAAGAAUACGACAAGGUUGGGAAAGAAAAGAAAAAUGCUCAGGCAAUCUCAAUAUUUGACCCAAAUAUUGCACCAGAAUAAUAUGUUUUGUAAAUACAUUAUAUAUUUUUCAAACCGUGCAAUCGGAUAUUUCAAAACUCUUGCAACAAUGGCAUAUAUGGCAAUACAGUGUUUGGAUAUGUGAAUAAAUUAACCUGGCUUUUCCUUGAGAUUAGCCUGUUCCAACUAUUCCAUGCCCUCGUUCUCCCAAAUAUAUCAAUGUCCAUUCAAAAAAGAUGGCUUCACUGGCCCAGGUAGUCUGGGAUUCGAGGUAGGCCCUCAAAUGACAUGAUAGAAUAAUGUAAGCAUGCCAACACUAACCCUGGUCAUGAAGCUUUUGAACAGGCACGUGGAUAUGCAGAAAAUUGGGGGUUAUAGAUCACAUGCAGGCAGAGGAGAUUAGUUUAACUUGGCAACAUGCUCAGCAUGGACAUUGCGGGCCAAAGGACCUGUUCCUGUGUCAUACUGUUCUAUGUUCUAUGAUUCUCGACUGUCUACAACAUUCAGAACUAUUUAAACAUAAUUAAAAACAAACAAAUCAUUGAAAUUUGUUCAAAGAUUUAAAAAUCCAAUUAUUUGAAAUAUAUAUAAAUUGCAACAUAUAGACAAUUAGCCUAACACAUCAAGGACUAAUCUGUUCGUGCCAGCUUUACUCUAUUGGAAAAAGUGUUUUAAUGCAAUCAAACCUAUAACUUUCUCAAACUUACUAAAAAUCACAAAGCCAAUUUGAUACUUAACAUUUGCCAUUUACAGUGUAACAGGUUCAGCAGAAAGGCCAGUGCUUAAACAGGCAAAACUUGUGGCAUUAAGAGAGCUAAUAACUUUUGUAAUGGUUGAUGAUGAGUGACUUUGUUGCUCCACACAGCCCUACACCAAUCCCCAAUGCAUUUACCCCCAUUUGGCCUGCCCCUCUCAAUACUUUUCAAAUACCAAUUAUUUUAGAUGAGAUCUCAGUUGUACUGCAAUGUCUGGAUCAUCAGGAAGAAUAUAAGCAUCAGGAAGAAUAUAAGCAUUCGUUGAAAAAAUAUAUACUUAGACAAAAAUACUUUACUGACAUUAUCUACACUGUGCACUGAAAGAUAAAAGAAAUAUAUCUAGGUAAUAUCAAAGAUAUUACCUACUUUUGCAAACACAAUUUGCAUGGACUUUUGCUCAAUAUUGUCUCAAUAGAAGUAUUCUCCACAGCUCAAUGCAAUGCAGUUAAGAAUGGACUGAGUGGCAGUUAGUGGCCACAGGUCGAAGGUCGAAGGUCGAUGUGAGCACCAGCCACAGAUUUAAACUAUACAUUGAAUGAAGAAAAUAAUAAAUUUGCUGUAACAUGUAUUAAACAUAAGCAUUAUUGCAUUAAAUACAAAUACAUUGUACAAUAUGCAUUUAAAAUAAAGUUUUUCACAUAAUUCUCCACUGAAAACGUUAUGUAGAAAAGUAGGAAUUGUUGGAUAAUUAAAGAUAACAGAUCAUCAGCUUUGCCUUCUAACAUUUUACGUUGAGUGACUUUGUUGCUCCACACAGCCCUACACCAAUGCCCGAUGCAUUUCACCCCAUUUGGCCUGCCCCACCUCCAGUUUAAAUUCCAUUUGGAAUAUUUUAGAGGACAAAGAACCCAAGAAACCAAGAAACCCUCACAAUACUUUUCAAAUACCAAUUCUUUUAGAUGAGAUCUCAGUUGUACUGCAAUGUCUGGAUCAUCAGGAAGAAUAUUUCCUUCUUAAGCAUUUAAAAAUAUAUAUAUAUACUUUACUGACAUUGUCUACACUGUGCACUGAAAGAUAAAAGAUAAAAUAUAAAAUAAAUAUAUCUAGGUAAUAUCAAAGAUCCAAAAUAGUAUGAAAAUUAUUUAAUAUAAUCUUUAGUAGUUUGCAAACACAAUUUGCCAUGGACCUUUGCUCAAUAUUGUCUCAAUAGAAGUUCUGUAUUCUCCACAGCUCAAUGUAAUGCAGUUAAGAAUGGACUGAGUGGCAGUUAGUGGCUAAAGGUCUAAGGUCGAAGUGAGCACCAGCCACUGAUUGAAACUAUACAUUAAAUGAAAAAAAUAAUAAAAUUGCUGUAACAUGUAUUAAACAUAAGCAUUAUUGCAUUAAAUACAAAUCCAAUGUACAAUAUGCAUUUAAAAUAAAGUUUUUCACUUAGAAUUCUCUUUCAAAUGUUAUGUGGAAAAGUAGGAAUUGUUGGAUAAUUAAAGAUCAAAGACCGUCAGCUUU